CUUGUUAUCUCCGUCUCAUUUCGCAGCGGCAAGACUCUGUUUCUUUGUCAUGGUGCAGAGGAGUGCAUGGUUUCGAAACGAUGCCUUUGCGUACGUCGUGGCGCUCGCCAUUCGCCUGGCGAUGUUCAGUAUACCUAGCAUAGCGACCACACUGGCCGACCGAGUUGAACUUACAACGCCCGUGACGAGUUACAAACGAUUGGCAGAAGGCGUCUUUCUCUAUGAAAGUAAUGUUCCACCUUACGAUGCCGAUUUAUUCCAUCAGAUGCCGCUCCUGCUAGGCUUGUUUUCGAUAUUACGCACUUUGCCCUCGUUUGUGAUACCAGCAUUGUACAGCAUGGUGGAUAUGAUCAUCGCUCACUGUCUGGGAAAAAUUGCCAUAAUGAAACAAGGGCGAUACGCUGAACAACCAAAGUUGAAAGUAGAGGAGAAACUGUCAGGUCUUCAACCUUCAACUGUUGUAUACCUGUAUCUCUUCAAUCCGCUGACAAUCUUAUCCUGCGUAUCCAAAUCAACCAUUCUGUUCACCAAUCUAAGCAUUGUCAUGGCGAUUUUCUGGGCCAUGAUGUAUCGACCAAAGAUGGCCAUGUUCUGGGCAGCAUUGGCCUCCUAUCUCAGUUUUUACCCAUUAAUGCUUUUACCACCGUUGAUCAUUAUGUUGCGACAUCCUUCCACUUCAAUGUGGAUUACUGUGAGCACCUAUAUCGGCUGGCUGCUUGCGCUGCUUGGAUUAUCAUGGUGCUUGGUGGGAUCAUGGGAUUUUAUCAAUGCCACAUACGGUGUUAUUAUCUUUUUGAGAGACUUGACGCCGAAUGUGGGGAUGUUCUGGUACUUUUUCAUUGAGAUGUUUGAGCAGUUCCGAUCCUUUUUCAUGAUUACCUUCCAAUUCCAUGCAUUCAUCUUUGUCGCACCACUCUGCAUUAAAUUAAGCAGGCAUAAUCCUUUGUUUGUGUUAACCGUUUUGUGCGGUGUGAUGGGUAUCUUUAAGAGCUACCCUUCUGCUGGUGAUGCCUCGAUGUAUUUGGCACUGAUCCCCUUGCACGAUGAGUUACUGAAAUAUUGUCGAUAUGGCUUUCUGAUCACCAAUCUAUUCUUGUACUCGUCUGUCCUGUCGCCCAUCUUUUGGCACUUGUGGAUUUACGCCGGCAGUGGCAAUGCCAAUUUCUUUUAUGCAAUCACACUUGUUUAUAAUCUCGGUCAAGUACUGUUUAUUAUUGAUCUUGUAUACGCUGCAUUACGGCGCGAUUUCGAUGUAGCACACCCAGAAACCAUUGGAAAACAGAUUAUUCAUAAAUAAUCAACACCAUAAACGUCAAGAUAAACCAAUCGAACUCGGUACUCCUAUUAGGUUGAAGUGGCUCCAAUCAUGAUAGUACUUAUAACCAUGCAAUUUUUUUUUGACUUUGGAAAGAAAACGUGACUUGAUACAGUUGGCUCAACAAAACAAUAUGGUCAAUACUGCGGAUGGCAUUGAGCACCUGUU